UCGUUUUUAAGGGCUUGCUUUCCGACUGUUGACGGUAUUUGAAUAACUGUAUAUAUCGAAGGCAUACUUAUUAUUAACGGGGGGAACACACUCAACCGAAUGUCGAUUCAAACUUUGCAGUGUGACUGACAGAUAUGGAAAAAGCAUACAUACUUAUAAUUAUACUAACGAUAGAAUACUUAUUUGGUUUGAAGUUUGCAGAAUGUGUUACGAUAAACAAGUUGAAAACAUUCCAACGACUGCGUUCGAACGAACAUAGAACACGAAGAUCAUUAAAGGGUAGAAGAGAUUUCAGCUGGGUCGAACGGGUGCCUGGAAAAAAUAUUGGAGAUGCUAUACUAAAUCCAUUGACGAAGGAGUUAAGAAUCAUUGGAAUUUUCUUGGCUGCACAUAAGUAUUUUGAAGUCGAUCGACGAUAUACCUUUACAUCAUCACAAUUUGAGAAGCCGAAAUUCUACAAACAUUUCCCGAUCCCACGUCUUCGUAAACGACACCAGGCCGUAGUAGGAGCAUGCGAUCUGGGAUAUUUAUCUUGCGUAGAAGAAAUUUUCAAAACAGCUAAUCAUUCUGGUUCUCUUGCCAAAAUCCACAAGAAUUUUGGCAAAAAUGCCAUACGCUAUGCAUCUUAUUAUCCAUUUAAAGAUAGCCUAGAACUUUUCCGUUACAGGGUAACAGCUAGUUAUUACAUGUGCUGGUUCACUGAAAUGAGAGAAGAUGUGCUUGCUUUGCCGGGCACUAAUAACUGUUUUAAAGAUUUAAAUGAAACAGAAGAAGCAGGUGGAAAGAAUAUAGAAGAUUUUAGAAGUGAGGUCAAAAUUUCAGAGGAAUAUUCGAUUUUUACAUGUGCGUACUUGUGGUUUUGUCCUGACUCAUGUUAUGGUAAAACUUCCGGGGGUAACGUAAAAAGUAAAGAUGAAGCCCUAAACGACCAUUUAAAUCCUUGUGAAAAAUUGCAAAAGAAAGAUUGUCUUUGGGGUAUUGGUAAAAACAAAAAUUUCGAAGACUUGGUAAGAAAUAAAUUUAAUUAUUCAUGCGACUGUGAGUUUGAGAAAAAAGGUAUGGUAUGGAGUCCCAUGUACAGUUUUUGUGUUGACAGGGACGAAUGUUACGAAGAAGACUAUGAUUGCCCAACAGAUCAAAUUUGUAGAAACACUGUAGGUAGUUAUAUGUGUUCAUGUAGGACUGGAUACUACCUAGACAAGAAUACAACUCGAUGUAAGAGGCAUGAUCUAUUAAAUGCAGCAGCUGCUUCUGCCCUGGAGAGAAAAAAGACAGAAAAGGCUGUGGAGGCAAAGAAAGAAGAAGGAGGUUCCUUGUUUUUUACUUACAUUGUACAAGUGUGGACACAUAUCAGUGUGGAUGGUAUAUUUGGAUGUUUGACAGUGUUGGUGACACAAAGAGUUCUCUGUUUUUUCCCCAAUAAGUUAUGUUGAACUGUUGUGCAUAGUGACAGCCAACCUGCAACAAACACUAAAAAUAGCAGUGUAUUUCAUUUAAUAUUAAUUUAUUAUGUUCAAGAUUGUAGUGAAGGAAACGAUAAUUUAAAUCAGUGCCAACCAUUCAUAGAUUUUAUUUAAGAUAAAAAAUGCUAUUGAUAUCAAAUUUACAGAUUGUCCCAAAUACUAUGACUGCUUCGUGUAAAUAAUAUGUACGUUCCUGUAAUUCAAUUUUGUGCAUUUCAAACUUUCAAUUCAGGAAUUUCGGGAAUUCCCUUCAACAUUUGAAAUCACUUCUUUUUGAAUACAUUUACUUUUUUAACAAUGAUCCGUUGAGGGAACACAGCUAGCUGAAUGGUCUCCAACGCUGCAGAGAUUUACGUA